AUGUUAUCAAAAAUUGGUGGCGAUAACUAUAAACAAGCAGUAAGGCGUAUAUUGAAAAAAUCAUUACUGAUGAGUAGGUAUGCCAAAUCAUAUAGCUACACAGGGCACAAAGGAAACAAAAUACCUUUCAAAAAAACAAUUUUGUCUUCUUUGCUUACAAAAGCAAUACAGUCUUCUUCUAAAUUUAAUCAAACUUCGAUCAAGGACAUUGAAGUUGCCGCAAGUAUAUGUCUUUCAAAAGCGAGCGAAAGACUUAAGAUGACCACAACAAAUGAUUUACUACCUAACUGA